GCACGGUUGAGAGGCGCUGGAUUGGGGCUCCGUUAGCAUCCACAGCUAGCAUACUGGAAACACACGGAGGAAGGCGUCCUGCGCACGGCAGGAAGGGAGAUAACGACGUCUUCAAAUACCCCCAGUUAAUCCUUGAGCUAACCAUUAUCCCUCCAUGCUGUCCGGGGAAGGAAGAUAACGUUAAUAACCCUGUACUGCCACUUCAAUUAGCAGAGACGGCGUAAGAAAGAUAAGGGGAACGGCGUUUUGCGUGAGGAGUUCUCCUUUCUGGCAUUAUCCUUUUCUUUUUGUUUUUAAUAUUGAGACGUUUAUCUGUACCCUCGACCGACGCUGCUUAUUGGUAGAAUGAGGUUGCCGAGUAACAGGCAAUGUGCAAUGGAAGGAGAUGGGAAGAAAAUGGAUCAAGCGCCGCCGUUCAGAAACCCUUUUGUGCACGUCUUGAAAUUCACCCCUCUGGAAAGGGCAAAGAUUGCAUUAAUGACGGUCACACUCUUCCCCAUUCGUCUACUCAUAGCUGCAUUCAUGAUGCUGCUGGCUUGGCCUUUUGCCUUCCUGGCCACAGUAGGGCACCCUGAGACUACCGUGCAACCCCAGUGCCUCUGGAGGAGACUGGUGGACAUAAUUCUGAAGAUCAUCAUGCGGGUCAUGUGGUUUGCAGGAGGUUUCCACUGGCUGACUGUAAAAGGGCAAAAAGCAUUACCUGCGGAAGCUCCCAUUCUCACCCUGGCACCCCACUCAUCUUACUUUGAUGCCAUCCCAGUCACAAUGUCAAUGGCCUCAAUAGUCAUGAAGGCUGAGAGCAGGGAUAUACCUCUUUGGGGCACUUUAAUUAAGUUCAUCAGGCCAGUGUUUGUAUCACGGUCAGACCAAGAUUCAAGAAAGAAGACUGUGGAGGAAAUCAAACGUAGAGCCCAUUCUGGAGGGAAAUGGCCUCAGAUAAUGAUUUUUCCAGAGGGCACAUGCACCAAUAGAUCCUGCUUAAUCACCUUUAAACCAGGAGCCUUCAUCCCAGCUGUACCAGUGCAGCCUGUGGUGAUUCGUUACCCUAAUAAACUGGACACAAUCACAUGGACAUGGCAAGGACCUGGAGCGUUUAAAAUACUGUGGCUGACACUUUGCCAGCUGCAUAACGAGUUUGUGAUUGAAUUCCUUCCCAUAUACACACCAUCAGAGGAAGAAAAAAAGAAUCCUGCUCUGUUUGCUAUCAACGUGAGGAACAUCAUGGCUAAAGCCCUGGGUGUACCCAUCACUGACUAUUCAUUUGACGACUGCCAGCUGGCCAUGGCUGAAGGCCAGCUCAAACUGCCAGUCGACACCUGUCUGCUGGAGUUUGCCAAACUCGUCAGGAGACUGGGGCUCAAACCACAGAAUGCAGAGAAGGUUCUGUGGGAGUAUGGGAACAGAGCCAGCACGCUGGGGGGACAGAAGCUGGGCUUGAAUGAAUUUGCUCAAUUCCUUGAUGUGCCAGUUUCAGACAUGCUGCGAGACAUGUUUGCUCUUUUUGAUGAGCAUGAAAAUAACUGCAUAGAUGUCAGAGAGUAUGUGAUAGCCUUGUCUGUCGUGUGCAGACCUGCCAAAACUCUGGAAACAAUGAAACUAGCCUUCAAGAUGUUUGGGGGAGAAGUUGAUGGUGCCAUCACAGAGAUGCAGUUGGCAGUUAUACUGAAGACUGCUUUAGGAGUGACUCACCUUGGCGUGACAUGUCUGUUUACUGCCAUCGAUUCUGAAGACACGGGGAAAAUAACAUUUGGCAAGUUCAGAAGCUUCGUGGAGCAGCAGCCAGAAUUUGCCGAGUACCUGCACUCAGAAAACGCGGCCCUCCGCAGCGGCCCUUGCCGCGGCCACCAAAAGAAGCCCAGCCUGUCUUCCCUGGUCUCGCUAGGCACUGCCACCCUCAAAACUGUUAACGGUAUCUGCCCUGACUUUAGCACCAACGACCACGAUGGUACAAUAUAUGAAAUCCUCAAGAAACACAACUGAAAUGGUUCAAAAUGUAGUGGGAGAAAAGUGACUCCUCUCCUGGUGAGAGGACGCUGUGUGAGUAACUUACAUUUAGCAAACCACAGCUUACAAAAUAUUAGAAAGUUUACCUUGCCCUUUUUUUAUUCAUAGUGUAUUCAUGGUAUCUUCUGAGGUUAUUUUCAGCCUGGUAACAGUUUAUUUUGUUAUAUAUUCCUUUUUUUUCCCCCGUUUGUUUCUUUUUAUAGCAAGGAUCAAAUAUCAAAAUGCCAAACACUGGUUGUUUCAGAUAUAAUGCUUGAAUACUUGAAGGGCAAGCACUUAUAAAAAAUAAUUGCUGGGGGAAAUUUAUUUUCCCUCCAACACAGUGUGGACUGUGCAUGUUGUAACACGAGGGAAGCAAGAAAAAAAGCCCUAAAGUGAACAAAUCUUUUGUGAAAUUUAGUGUUGAUUAUUUUUUAUUUGUUAUUGCUUUCUCCUUUUUUAAUGGUAGCUGCCCUUUAAACGGGCAGAAUGCAUGGCUUCAUAUUAUUUUGAGCAGUAUUGAGGAUUAUUUAUGUUAAAAAGGGAGGUCUGCGGUUACCAGUGACAAUUGUUAGACCACUACAAGCGUUCAGCUUUUGUCGACACAUUUGAGGUGAACUGGGGUCUCUGUGAAUUGAUGAUCAUAAUUGGUAUGAGCCUGUUCUAUAUACAACCAUAUCUAGAUAUAUAUAUGUGUGUGUAAAUAUAUAUAUAUAUAUAUAUAUCUGCAAUGAUAUAUUUGAUUUAGCUCAGGGUCCAGUGACAAAAAUGAAAAAUUUACUUGUAUGAUGUCAUCAUUUUUGAUGCUCACUGGGUUAUGUGCAUUUUUUUCUUUUUCUUUAUUCUGGCGUAACGUCUGCCUAGUCAUUUCUCAAUCACAUUAAUUUCCAUUAUGUUUUCCCUGUCAUGCUGGCAGAUGAUUGUGUCUUUUCAAUUCAAUUUCAUAAUCACAAAAUGUGGACCAAAAACUGAUCUGGUGAUAUAAAUUCAACUGUCAUGUUUGUACUGUCCUUUUACAGUUAGUGGUGUAAUGGCUUUCAAGGAAAAACAACAAAAAAAAUCACAAUGUAUGACCAUUGAAAGCACAUUAGAUUAGUGGCUAAGUUGGGUUUUCCAAAGGUAAGGUCGUACUCUUCCCCUUUUUUGCAUUGCACUACUGCACACCUGUAAUAUUUCAUCCAUUUCCCACCACACGACUCAUUAGCGUGACUGAAAUUCUUACUCUUCCCGUAUGUUGUGAAACGUGUGAUCAUGAAAUAUUGCCCCGUUUUCACCCGUGAAUUUGACCUACAUGCUAUAUUUCAUUUUUGCAUAUAUGCACAGUUUAUGCAUUAUCACUUUUUUUAGUCUAGAGAGGAACACUAUUCACAUGUUACAAUAGUUAUGUCUGCAUUCUUCACAUUUGUUUGACUUGACUUCUCACUAAAUGUGCUUGCAUGGUCUGGCCACAAAAUGUAUUUAUAUUCAUAGAUGUGAUGGACCUAUGAUCUUAUAGCUGAUCUAGAUCUUAUCAGUUGAUAUAGAAGAUGAUACGAUUUAUCUUAAAUCAGGCAGAUUAUAGACACAUUUGUAUUUGCUGGUGUUAAAGUUAUUCAUUUUAAUUACAAUCUGUCCAGUGAAUCAAGAGAUACACACUUUAAUAGUAUUUAUAUUUAGUCUUUACUCCACAACUUAAAAAUAUACACACCUUUUAAAGGUAGAUUAUGCAGCCACCUAACUAGAAAACUAGCUUUAUAUUAUGUCUUUUUUAUAGGAACCUUAAUUGUCAAAGGGAAAACCUCUUCUGAGCAGUUGAAAUGAAGCAGGUCAAAAACUGUUUGCAGCCAGUUGUACUUGUUGUUUUAUUUUUUUUGUUAAUUGAACAGAAAUAAUGCACUGCUUUUCUUCUUUUUAACCCAUGUUCGUCGUGUUGGUGAGCAUCACAUCCAUGGCCACGCGUCAUUGUACGUGUUUUCCCCGUUAUGGCUUUCGGUGAAGCAAUAUUUCACAAUAUUUCUCAAGCCUUCUAGCGACGUAUUACUUUUGAAGAGUUCUUAUAUGUAUUUUGAAUAUUCCAAAUGCGGGACAUUUUGUGAAUUUUUUUAUAUACAUAUAUGAAUGGUUUUUAUUUUCACUGCCAUGAUAGAGAUCUUUGUUCUCUCCUCUGCAGUAUAUAUUGAUGGUGAAACUUGAGCCACAUGUUUUUUUUCAUUUUCCUUUGUACAAUACUGCAGUUGUUCUUUUUGUGCUGUAUUCCUCCUACACAGUGUAAAGUAUUGUUAUAUUGUUACUAUUAUUGCUGAGUUGACUGCUUGGAAACAAAAUGCAGAUUUCAUAUGGAAACCGAUAGCCUUGAAUCUAUUGAAUUUUUAUGCUAUAAAAACAGAAUGUAUAGACAAUCCUGUCACAAUCAAGAAGCUGCUUCAAAGCGCUGAUCUCCAGUGGACAUUUUCCUAACAAGUCAUGGUUUUUAAAUGUACACUUUUUAUUCCGUUUGAAUUCAGUCUUGUUAUGCAUGUUUGAGAAAGUGAGAAUGUGUCAAGUGUUUCGGGCCUUGAGGAGGUGAUGUCUGCCACCACAUGACGGGCCACAUCUCACAAAUUCUACACACUCCAGACUGUGCGCACAUGUAACCUAAUAGUUUAACACGUUUCGUCACAAUCUUUUAGUCUUGCUCUACUUUGCUUGUGAUUGUCUUUUCUUUGUUUUAAUUAUGUUUCAGAAAUGUCACAUUGCUGUAAAGCUUGUAAUUUUCUCGGGUUAUGGUAUUGUAACUCGAUACUGUUUACAAAGUUGUUUUUUUUUGUUUUUUUUUUUAAUUGGACCGUAGAGAAAAUUAGGGACUAUAAGUAAUGACAAUUCCUAUACCCCAUUUUUAACUCUAUAAAACAGUUCAAGUUGAACAUUUAAAACGCCGUCUUGACCAACCGUUAUACUUUGUCUCAGGAUUGUGGAAAGUCCGUAGCUUUAAAAAGACUUUGUGUACUUUGCAACGUUGUAUGGAUGUAAGUGACGAGAAAUGGUUUGCACCGUGGAAUGGAAAGUAUUUAAUGAAUGUGAAUUUAACGGCAUGUACAAUUCAGGCUGUAUGUUUAAAGGCAAAUUCUGCUCUUUUUGUACAUGGGUGGGAAAUCUGACCGUGGAAGUACAACUGAUGCAUAUUAUAUGAUCUUCACAUGAUAUUUUUGAAGUGUUCUGAGCCAGAGUCACUCCUUAUGUUUGUUUUUGUUUUGACUCAUAAUUCCAUUCCAUCUAUAUCAUAUAUCGUCUGCAAGUCAAUUACAUUCAGGUUUCCAUUCUAAACAAUUCCGCACAGGGGUUAUAUAAGAAUAUUAAAGUCGAGUAAGUGAGUUAUUUUCACAUGUUUUAAAAAAUGAUUAUUUCAAAUACCUCAUUAGAGGAUUAUGAGUUUUAUUUGCUAUCAGUCUGAGAAGAUGUAAUCCUGCAAGAGUUUGAGAUGACCUUGUAUUUAUGCUACUGCUGCCUGCUUACCACUGUUUGUCCAGCUGUGAGCCUAAGACGAAAGAUCUGUGUACUCUGACCGAGCGAUAUUGUCUUUCUGAUGGCUCCUCGUAUGCGGACCAGGAAACUGAUACCUGUUUUCCUCGUAGCUUCACUUCCUGUCUUUUUUCUAUACUCUACAGGUUUUAUUUUAUUAAUGCAUUUUGAUGAUGAGGAGUCAUUACUGCAAGCUACUUUGAAUGUGUCUGUUCAGGACUGCUAUGAUAUAACUUGUCGAUGUGACUCUUGGAUUGAAUUAAAAAAAAAAAUCAAAAGUUUAA